GCCGGCAUGGUACUGUAUACUGAUAUACCUCAAUCCAAUCAAAAACCGCAGCACCAACACUGGCAACACAUAUCUAAACUCAAAACUUCCCCUCAUCACAAUUCACAUGCAGUACUAUUAUUAUGCUGUCAACAAGAAACCUAUUUAACUGAACCAGUUAACGGGUCAAACCCAAACCAGAUAAGAGCUUCAGGUGUCAUCUGAUCAGACCCACCUCAUCUCAGCUUUCCAAAAUUUCUCAAAUUCUCUGUUGGAGUUCAGUUUUGGUACAAUUCAAAUUCAGAAAUAAUGUCUCCAAUGUUUGGUGCUACUGUUACCAUUGGCAUUGGCAUUGAUCCUCUGUUACAAUUGCAAGCUGUUUCCGAUCCCCUUCUUGCGCUCAAGAACAACCCUUCUUCUUCUUCUUCUUCUUCUUCUUCUUCUUCUUCUUCUUCUUCCUCUGUUUCUCUCUUCUGCAACCGAACCACCACCACCACCAUCAUCGCCAGUUGUAGCAGCAGUAGCUGGAGGAAGAAGAAGAAUUCAACAAUGGCUUCUUCCAAUAUGAGAACCAACAAUUACCUGCGCCAUGUGGAAUCAAUGAAGCUUCUUCCAUCUGGUGCUGGCCACAUUUCUCAUCUGAACGCUGUGAUUCUCGGUGAAUCACUCGCCUCUGAGGAAGACGAUUUCGUUCUUCCAAGCGAGGAGUUUGCAAGCCAAGCGAAUGUUCAGUCCCCAGAACAGUAUGCGAAGAUGUAUAAGAGAUCGAUUGAGGACCCUGCUGGAUUCUGGUCUGAUAUUGCAUCACAAUUCUAUUGGAAAAAGAGAUGGGGUGAUCAAGUUUUUGAGGAAAAUUUGGAUGUCAGGAAAGGGAAUGUUAAGAUUGAGUGGUUCAAGGGUGGGAUCACCAACAUCUGUUAUAAUUGCUUGGAUAGACAUAUUGAAGCUGGACUAGGUGACAAAAUUGCCAUUUAUUGGGAAGGCAAUGAACUUGGUGUAGAUGGUAGUUUAACAUACUCUCAGCUUCUAGAUCAAGUUUGCCAGGUUGCUAACUACCUGAAAGAUGUUGGUGUGAAAAAGGGUGAUGCUGUUAUUGUUUAUUUGCCUAUGCUUAUGGAGCUUCCAAUCACAAUGCUUGCAUGUGCCCGCAUUGGUGCUGUUCAUUCGGUUGUAUUUGCCGGUUUUUCUGCAGACUCUCUUGCGCAGAGAAUCAUUGACUGUAAACCAAAAGUUGUAAUCACUUGCAAUGCUGUUAAAAGAGGCCCUAAGGCUAUCUAUCUGAAAGACAUAGUGGAUGCUGCCAUCCAUCAAUCUGCCCAAAGUGGGGUCUCUAUAGAUGUAUGCCUAACUUAUGAAAAUCCGUACGCAAUGAAGAGGGAAGAUACCAAAUGGAAGGAAGGGAGGGAUAUAUGGUGGCAGGAUGUCAUUCCUCGAUAUCCAAAUACUUGUCCAGUGGAGUGGGUUGAUGCAGAGGAUCCACUUUUUCUACUCUAUACAAGUGGGAGUACAGGAAAACCUAAGGGUGUCCUCCAUACAACUGGUGGUUACAUGGUGUACACUGCAACAACAUUUAAGUAUGCAUUUGACUACAAGCCGUCCGACAUUUUCUGGUGUACAGCUGAUUGUGGUUGGAUUACUGGGCACAGUUAUGUAACUUACGGACCCAUGCUCAAUGGUGCAACUAAUAUUGUGUUUGAAGGGGCACCCAAUUAUCCGGAUGCUGGUCGUUCUUGGGACAUUGUUGACAAAUAUAAAGUUUCAAUAUUUUACACUGCCCCCACAUUGGUCCGGUCCCUCAUGCGCGAAGGUGAUGGGCUUGUUACUCGCUACUCAAGGAAAUCUUUACGAGUCCUUGGAAGUGUUGGUGAGCCCAUAAAUCCAAGUGCAUGGAGGUGGUUUUACAACGUAGUAGGAGAUUCAAGGUGCCCUAUCUCUGACACUUGGUGGCAAACAGAAACCGGUGGUUUCAUGAUAACUCCACUACCAGGUGCUUGGCCCCAGAAGCCUGGUUCUGCAACUUUCCCUUUCUUUGGAGUUCAGCCUGUCAUAGUGGAUGAGAAAGGUGAUGAAAUAGAAGGCGAGUGCAGUGGUUAUUUGUGUGUUAAAGGAUCAUGGCCCGGGGCUUUCAGAACUCUCUAUGGUGAUCAUGAAAGAUACGAAACAACAUAUUUCAAGCCAUUUGCUGGCUACUAUUUCAGUGGUGAUGGCUGCAGCAGGGAUAAAGACGGAUACCAUUGGCUCACUGGAAGAGUUGACGAUGUCAUCAAUGUCAGUGGGCAUCGUAUUGGCACAGCUGAAGUGGAAUCAGCUUUAGUCUCACAUCCUCAAUGCGCAGAGGCCGCUGUGGUUGGUGUGGAGCAUGAGGUCAAAGGACAGGGUAUCUAUGCAUUUGUUACUCUUGUGGAGGGUGUUCCUUACAGUGAGGAACUGCGGAAGAACCUCAUACUCACAGUUCGAAAGCAGAUAGGAGCAUUUGCAGCACCAGACAAAAUCCACUGGGCACCUGCACUCCCGAAAACAAGGAGCGGAAAGAUAAUGAGAAGAAUUCUGAGAAAAAUUGCUUCUAGGCAGCUUGAUGAACUUGGAGAUACAAGUACCCUUGCAGAUCCAAACGUGGUCAAUCAACUUAUAGAGCUUUCUGAUGCAUGAAACCCCAAACUUUGUAAUUGUAUUAUUAAAGGUAUAUUAAUUAGAGGCUUUAUUUGCGAAAGUAGUCCGUGAGAAGUGAGAGGACAAUUUGUAUUAAACCUAUGUAGUCCAUUUUUCUUCCUGGGAAUGGUGAUACUCAUUUAUGCGAUAAAUAAAAUAAUAAAUCACCUCUUUUCUUAGUA